AUGAACAGUCUAAGUGAUGAACAGUACUCUCUGCUUCAGAGGCCCAUCACCACCAUCUGUUGGGGGCACAGGGACUCUCGUCUGUUCCUGGCCUGUGGCCCGGCGCUGUAUGUGGUGCGCGUGGAGCACCGCGUGGCCAGCCUGCAGCUCUUGUGCCAGCAGGGCAUCGCCAGCGCCCUGCGAGAGGAGAAAGACGUGGGGAAGCUGAACAUGCCGUCGCUGCUCUGCUCCUACGUCACCACGGCCUUCAUACCCACCAUCAAGCCCCCGAUCCCCGACCCUAACAACAUCCGGGACUUUGUGAGUUACCCCACGGCCGGGAACGAGCGGCUGCACUGCACUAUGAAGCGGGCGGAGGACAGCCCGGAGGCGGGGGGGCCCUGCUACACACUGUACCUGGAGUAUCUGGGAGGCCUGGUGCCCAUCCUCAAAGGUCGGCGCAUCAGUAAACUGCGGCCCGAGUUCGUCAUCAUGGAUCCAAAGAUGGACAGCAAAGCAGAGGAUGUGUGUGUGAACCCCAUGAUCUCCUACACCGACAGCUGUAACUGCUCCGACUCCAGCGACAUCGAGCUGAGUGAUGAGUGGGUCGGGAAGAAGUCGCCCAAGUUAUCCCGAGGAAACAGGAUGAACUUGGAGUCGAGGAAAUCUCCCAAACUUUCCCGCUCCAAUCAGGAAGGCCAGCGGUCGCCACGGAUACCAACGAAGAAGCCUCCGGUGCGGUCACCCAGUCUGACGCGGCGAGAGUUUUCUAUGGACGGGAUCUCCGAGCACAACUACCUCGCUCAAGUCACCUCCAACAUCUGGGGAACAAAAUUCAAAAUUGUUGGACUCGCUGCUUUCCUCCCUGCUAACCUUGGUGCAGUCAUCUAUAAGACGAGCUUGCUUCACCUGCAGCCGAGACAGAUGACCAUCUAUCUUCCAGAAGUGCGCAAGAUUUCUCACGACUUCAUGAGUCUGCCGGUGUUCAACCCCAACGUGUUCAGCGAGGACGAGGAUGAUUUACCAGUGAUGGGGCCUUCUGGGGUGGCUGGAGAUAAUCCUUCGUGCACGGUCAACAUUCCCAUUGCUCCCAUCCACAGCCCGGCUCAGGCCAUGUCUCCCACUCAGAGUAUCGGCCUGGUCCAGUCUCUCCUGGCCAACCAGAACAUCCAGCUGGACGUGCUGACAAACCCGACCGCCACCGCAGCCGCUGCAGCUGCAGCCGCAGCCGCCUCUGCACCUGCUGCUGAUCACAGGCAGGACGCAGUCCCAACACCGUACCCGAUGCCAGCCAGAUACUCAAACCCCGGUCAGGUGAUCUUCAAUGGGCUGGAGAUGGCUCCUCUUCUCCCUGGUACUCUCCCCCCCCCACCCCCACCUCACCACCUCCCACCGCAGCCUCACCCGCAGCGCUCACAUCCGCAGCAGACUCGCACACUGCAGCCCAAACAGGUACAACAAAUGCAGGCGCAGCAGCAGAAAAUGCACCAUCAUCAACAGCAGCAGCAGCAUCAUCAGGUCCAAACACAGCAGCAAUUACAGCAGCAACAUCAACAGCAACAGCAGCAACUACAGCAGCAACAUCAGCAGCUGCAGCAGCAGCAACAACAGCUGCAGCAGCUGCAGACGCUGCACCAACAGCAGCAGCAGCAACACCAACAGCACCAGGCUCAGCAACACCAACAAAUGCAACAAAAUCCAACGCACCAACAGCUGCACCACCAACAACAGAUCCAGCAGCAGCAGCAGCAGAUGCAGCUGCAGCACGAACAGAUGCAGCAGCAGCAGCAGCAGAUGCAGCAGCAGCAGCAGCAGAUCCGGCAGCAGAUCCAGGAGAUGAGGCAGCAGCAGCAGCAGCUGCAGCAGCAGCACCAGCAGAUCCAGCAGCAGCACCAGCAGAUGCAGAGGCAGCACCAGGUGAUGCAGCAGCAGCUGAAGAUGCAGAUGACGCUGCCGCCUCCUCCCACCGGAUAUCCAACCAUUUCCUUGCACCAGAUUCAUCUUCUGCCUCCUCCUCCCACCACUGAGCCGGGCUUCAACAGGGAGCAUGGACACACCCUGAAGCCGAGCCUGCCGCGGACUUUACCCCCCUUCACUGACAUGGAUGGGAGCAUGGAGCUUCAGCUGAGGAAGGUGAAUCCUCCUCCUCCGUACCCGGGAACCGUCGUGUCUGCGGCGAUAGCUACGGCUGUUGCUACACCUCAAACUCUUGUCACAAACUGUGACAGCCCAAGUGUCCUGUCGUCCGACCUUUGCCUGAAGAAGGAAGAGUUCCUGCUCCACCCGGUUACUUUGCAGUACCCCACUCCUCUGGGGUAUGAGAGGAUCACAACCUUUGACAGCAGCGGCAAUGUGGAGGAGGUUUGUCGGCCACGCAGACGCCUUGUUCGCAACCAAAAUGCGUACGCUGUCCACGGGAUCGGAGGCUCGGCCACGCUCAAAGUCACCUCAUCUGAGAAUAAAAAAAUACAGCUUCCCUACAGCUCUGCAACAUUGAGCCGCCUCUCUGUCCCUCGAUACUCAAUACCGAGUGGAGACCCUCCUCCUUACCCCGAUCCAGCAAAUCAAGUCACCGCCACGCUUCCUCCUCCACAGAGAAUUGACAGUAGUCUGAUCCAUGCCACCCUGCGCCGGGACCGCAGGGACGUGGGACUCAAAGUGCCGCAGAUGAUGGAGAGCUCAAGAACUCUGCCCACCAAAGCAAAAAUGAACAGCACACUUGCACUGAGCUACCAGCAGAGGGCGCCCACCGCAUUGUACACAUGCACUCAGUGCAGCAGCAACAGCAGCAGCACAAGUGUUAGUGUUAGUGGCGGGGGGACUAUGAGUAGUGGCAUCGCAGGCGGCACGGUGGUGAGGCAGGACUUCCCACCGGGGAAAGGAACUCAUCACAGUACCAUCAUCGUGCACUCCAAAAGCACCACACCCCUCUCCUCGCAGUCGUCUUACAGCCUGCUGAGCGCCGCUGAUACCAGCCGGGACAGAACGGUGUACGUUAACUCUGCCUUCACCGAAGACGAGACUUUGAAUCAGCAGUGUCAUCUGGAGAAAUCUGUGCGUCAGCUGACUCUUGGCGACGUCAGCUUGACGGUUAAACGCCCUCCACCUUACCAGUGGGACACCUCCACCACGGAGGAGUUCUGGCUCACUCCAGAACAAACCAUGUUAGCUCCUCCACCCGGAGCUCAUAAACCGCCUCCGCUUAUCAUCAGUCAAACUCAGCACCUGGACAUGACCCGGCUGCCGUUUGUCUUCACGACUAAACCUCCAAGCAGCCAGACCUCGAGCACGCUCACGUUCCCGUCAGGGUACCAGAUAUCGCUCUCGCCUUUUCCUCCGGCUCACAGCGCCCCUCCGCCUCAGUGCUCUCCAAAUGAAGUGGUCAGUUCUGUCCCUUUUGCUCAGCAGGAACCCAGCUUGGUCUUGCCGCCGGGCUAUCCUCCGAGUCUCGCUAACUUGUCGUGCUGCCCUCUCCCUCCCAUGUACCCCGGAGCCAGCUCCUGUGGCGGCCUCCAACUGCACCCUGUCAGUCUUCACCCUUGGAACCCGUACCCCUGCCCGCCACCCAUGCAAGAUCCUCCAGCACCUCCACUCCCGACCAAAACUCAUCAGAUCUUAGAAAAGCCGAUCCUCUCCCCACCUCCUCCGACCGGGCCUCCCCCACCUCCCCCUCUCCCGCCUCCUCCUCCACCUACUGAGCUGCCACCAUCCAAAAGCGCCACAGAGGAUCUAGCAGACAACUUUCUCGAGCCAUCGUCUCUGAACGAAAGCCCAGUGCAGCAGGAGUCCGAGCGCUUCAACAAGAAGAGCCGCAAAAGAGUGGACAGCCGAGCCGAGGACGCCAACAUGCCCGCCGUCUCGGAGGGGAAAUCCAGAAAGGAAGGACGUGCGCUCUCUGACUUCAACACGCUCAUCUCCAGCCCGAGGCUCGGCAGCAGGGAGAAGAAGAAGCCUAAGGGGCAAAGAGAGCAACUCAAUAAAACCAAGAAGAUGAGCCGGACCAACGAGUUCCAGGACAGCUCCGAGAGUGAGCCGGAACUUUUUAUCAGCGGCGACGAGCUCAUGAACCAGAACCAGAGCAGUAAGAAGAGCUGGAAGAACAAGCGCAGCCUGCGGAUGGCGAGUGAGCUGGAGGAGAUAAAGUGCCGCAAGGCGAACGAAAGAGAGGACCGCAGUUUGGGAAGCCAAGGAUUCGUAUACGUGAUGGCCAAUAAACAACCACUGUGGAACGAAGCCACGCAGGUCUACCAGCUGGACUUUGGAGGACGAGUCACGCAGGAGUCGGCAAAGAAUUUUCAAAUUGAGCUGGACGGUAGACAGGUGAUGCAGUUUGGGCGUAUUGAUGGGAACGGCUACAUCUUGGAUUUCCAGUAUCCUUUCUCAGCAGUGCAGGCAUUUGCUGUUGCCUUGGCCAACGUGACUCAAAGGCUGAAGUGAAAAAGUUUUGUGUCGUUGUAGAAAAUAAUUCAGGAGAAGAUGGUGGAGACUCCUGGUGUGUGGGGCUAAAGCUGGGAGUUGUAGUUCUUUUUAAUAUAAAGUAGGUGUUACACACGGAGACUCCAGCACUUCUGCUUCAUACGUUGAAUGUACUCGAGACUAUUUUAUUCAUUAUUCAAAUGUUACUUAGUGAAGUUUAAAAAAUGUCUGGAUAAACAGAAGGUCGAGUACACGUUGGAUUGAAAACAUGGCAAUGUGUUUCAAAUGAAUAAAUAUUUUAUUUAUGUUUGUGAUGUUAAUAAAAAAUACAUCGUUGGUGCGAUGGCAGAUACAUUUUCACAAAGACAAACCAUACGUGAUAAAAAGUGCAGAAACGAUUUUAUUAUGAAUAUCACUGUUAAUAUACCUUUAUUCUUCAUUUAAACCCAUCUGUUCAUUUAUUUUAAAAAGUCAUGUUCACAUUGCUGCGCAUGCAAUAGAAGAAUAUAUGGAUUCUGUUUGUAUAUUUUCUAUUCAUGAUACUUCUAUGAAGUGAUGCAAUGAACAAAGUAAAACCUUUCUUUUGGCCACAAUACUGCAAAACAUUUAUUCUUACUUCUGCAUUUGUUCAUGUGUAAAUUCACAUCCUCCUUCCUUUCAUUUCCAAAACUCCUGGUCAGCAGGAAGUUUAUUAGAGCCAAAUAUUUGAAUGCAUUUGGUUAGUAAACUACUAAACAUUAUUUAUUUAUAUACGGCCUUCUGUGCAAAGUUGCAAUACAAGGUGCUUAAUACAACAAUACAAAGAACACUGCACAGGAAAAGGAGAUUUAAAAAAAGGCAUUAAAUUCAUUCAUCUAAAAAUAAGGAGGUUAAAAUGUCUUAAAUUCAGUCUUUCAAAAUGUUAAAUGUUAAGACAUGGGAAGUAGGAAUUUAUUUUCUCUCUGACGUUGCAUUGUAAAAUCUCAAAGUGCAGAACAUUUCAAGUGUUAAACCCAGAGACAACCACGUGGUCGGCUCUGUAGUUCUUUGGUGUUCAUGACGCUGCUUCAUGGGAAGUCAGCGCGGCUUUAAAUACAGCUUGUGUGCAAUAAACGCUCAAUACAUAGAACUGAUGUUGUACUUGCAAAAGAAAAUACAAAGCUGCUUGCACUGUGUAUUUAGUAAAUGAAGACUGUGCUCAUAUGUUGCCAAUUUCAGUAAUUUUGUACUUUUCUUUAACAUGGUAAGAGUUUUUGGAUGUUUCGCUUGUAGAAAAAAGAAUGAGAACAAAAAACUGCAAAAGGAAAUAAACACGUUGAUGAUAAAGAUUAACCGUCAGUAGGAGUGACAUUCGUGUAGAUUUGGUGCUAAUGUAUAAAGGAACAAAUGGACAUUUGCUUACAGGUUAUUUUAGAGAAGAAAGUGUUUCAGAGUUUUUAUUUAGCGCAGCUUCAGAGACUUCAGCGACAGUGUGUGUCUGUUAUCAGCAGUGCUGCCUCAUCAGUCGAUGGUCGUCUGAGUUUAUCUCUUAUUUUGUGAAGGAAACAAAUAUGAUGUGACCAUAGGUGUACAUGGACCUAUAGGCUGGCCAGAUGUAAUAAAAUACAUUGUUCCAAG